AUGGCCACUCCUCAAGUUCACCACCUUUUCCAUGCUCCAAUUGCUGAUCACUCCUUUUCUUCGGAUAAGCAAACCCUUGCUGUUGCCCGUGAGAACAAUGUGGAGCUGUACCAAUCAUCAGGCAACAAGUUCUCGCUGAGCGAUGAACUCAAGGGCCACGAGAAGACUGUCACCAGUGUUGAUAUUGCUCCGAACAGCGGUCGCAUUGUCACUUGCUCUCAGGACCGUAAUGCCUAUGUUUGGGAGCAGACCCCCACUGGCUGGAAGCCCACCCUUGUCCUCCUCCGAAUCAACCGUGCCGCAACAUUUGUCCGCUGGUCUCCCUCUGAGCAGAAGUUCGCUGUCGGCUCCGGAGCCCGCGUGAUCGCCGUCUGUUACUUCGAGGAGGAGAACGACUGGUGGAUCUCCAAGCACCUGAAGAAGCCCAUCCGCAGUACCAUUACUACUCUGGCAUGGCACCCGAACUCGGUCCUGCUCGCUGCAGGCUCCACUGACUCGCAUGCUCGUGUUUUCUCCAGCUUCAUUAAGGGUAUUGAUAGCCGCCCUGAGCCUAGCGCCUGGGGUGAGCGUCUUCCCUUCAACACCAUUUGUGGUGAAUUCUUGAAUGACUCUGCUGGCUGGAUCCAGGGUGUUGCGUUUUCUCCCAGUGGUAAUUCUCUUGCUUUCACUGGCCAUGACAGCAGUGUCACCGUGGUGUACCCCAGUGCCCCCGAGCAGCCACCCCGUGCUAUGCUGAACAUCUCCACUCGCCUGCUGCCAUUGAACAGUCUCAUCUGGAAUGGCGAGAAUGAGAUUAUCGCCGCUGGUCAUGAUUGCGAGCCCUUCCGCUUCCACGGUGAUGAGAGUGGAUGGCAGCUUGCCGGUUCCCUGGAGAAGCAGACCGGUGAUGGCUCCGGCCCUCGCGAGGAAUCUGCUUUGAACAUGUUCCGACAGAUGGAUCUGAAGGGUCAGUCUCAGGUGGAUACUAAGCUUAAGUCGACCCACCAGAACACUGUGAACACCGUCCGCGUGUUUGAAGAGGCCGACGGACAGGUGCGAUCUUUCAGCACGAGCGGCGUUGAUGGUCGUGUUGUGGUCUGGACUGUCUAG